UAAGAUUGCUAUAGAGCUUUUGUGCAUUUUUACACAAAAAUUUGUAAUAAAUAAAAAUAUAAGCUUGUAUUGCACCAUACACCGAAUAUUUAUUCAAAUAAUUUAUACAAUUUUUUUCCCAAAAACUAGCAUCCUGCGAACGUUUUUCCUGAUUGCAAAUAUCACGAAUGUAAAGUGAUUUUCUCCGUGUUUCAAUCAGAAUACAUCAAAUGGCUUUGCCUAUUUCGUGGCUCUCCGCGAGAAGUCUCACUAUGACUUCUGCAGACCCUUAAUAGUACAGUCGUGAAAUAUAAAUAUCAAUUAAUUAUAAACUGAAGGAAUUGUAAUUAUGUCAACUGUGCAUCUUGUUUUUUCAAGAAAUAAUGUUUUUGUGUGGAACGCUGAUGAUUGGUUAAAGCUUCGACGGGAUCAUAGAGUACUCGGUGAAUUAGUAGGAUCCUUUCCAAAAUCAACUAGACAAGAAGUAUUUUUAGGUCUCCCAUUGCUUUUACUACCAGAAGAAGUAACUCUUUUACUUGAAAAGAAUAUUGCUUGUCUUAUGCAAUAUCGUAGUCUAGGAAAACCACCGACUGUAUCAUUGAGUGAAAAAUUUGAAGAAUAUAGAAACAUAUUAUUUGUGCAACAAUCAGAAUGUCUCAGAGAAAACAGAAGAAAACAGAUUACUUCUCUGAUGGACAAAAUUGUAGAAGGAAAAAAACGCAAGAUGUUAGGUUUGCACACAAACAAGAAAAAGAUGAGAAAAACAUUGGACAAAAAGACACAAGAAGCAUUAGAUAAUAUUGAGAUUAAUACUAAAGAUUUGCUUGAAAAAGAAUUGGCUAAAUUACCUAAAUUAUCUAAAAAUGAAGCAUUAAUUCAAACACACACAGCACAGCCAUGGUUUAGUCAUGAUGAUAUGGAAAUAGUACAAUGGAAAUAUCCAUUUACUUCUGAUCAACAAGUUAAGUAUAAAGUAUAUAAGGAUCUUUGGGAAAAAGGAUAUUAUAUUAGCAGUGGUGAUAAAUUUGGUGGUGAUUUUUUAGUGUACCCAGGUGAUCCAAUAAUGUUUCAUUCACAAUAUAUUGUGCAGUGUCACUACAAGGAUGAAGAGAUAUCUGUUGUAGAACUUGUCGCAAAAUGCAGGAUUAGUUGUCAUGUCAGAAAAACAUUAGUAUUUGCUACAUAUUGUAAAGAAGAAGACAAAGUAAAAUAUCAAUCUUUACAAUGGGCAGAAAGUAUUGUACUUGGAAACAGUUGAUAUAAUUAAGAAAAUACAAAUGUUUAAUGAAAA